CAUAAUGCUCGGCACAAGCCCUCCAACCACUGAUAAAUACUGAGUGUUUUUUGUCAAUAUUAGCGGGACUACUUGAGGGGAAGUUUAUAAUUGGACACGUGUUUCCCCUGCUUUUUGUCGUUUGGAGAUCAACUGAUUCCUUUGUAAUGCGUUUUUAAAGCAAUGAACGAUCCACAAGGAGGGGUAAAGUGUUCUUAAGAGCUCCCUUUCAGCCUUUAGAAUUGGCCAGAGCAACCCGCCGAGAAACAUGGAGGCCCUGGAAGUAUUUAAUCCAGGAGAUGUGCCUACGGGACUGUCACACAGCACAGAUUCAGGCACGUGCAAGUAAACUGUUACCAGUUUAUUAACGAAAACAGGCGCUCUGUUUUUCUGCCAUCAGAGACUAGAAAAUAAAUAGACUAAUUUAAUUACUUGUGAAAGUAUGGAGGACAUUCUUUUUGACUUCGACCAGGAUGGCACCACGGAUUUUGCAUUUUGGGGACAAAUGGACCAAAACUUCCAGUUUCAGACCCAGCUGGACACCCUGCUGCUGGACUACACCACAGCCACCGGCCAGCUCUCGCCCUGGUCCUCUUUCGGCAGUCAGUCCAUGUUCCCGGACACACAGCUAACCUUCACCGACCUCGAGGUGCAGUCUCCGGGGGCGGGCGUCUGCGCUGAGGGGGAAAGCUCCUCCGUGGACGAUCCCUUGGAGGUGACCAAGCGCAGAGCGCGGCGGCUGGUGUCCCAUCAGCCCUACAAGGUGCAACGGCACGCCGCAAACAUCCGGGAGAGGAAGAGGAUGCUGAGCAUCAAUUCCGCCUUUGAGGAGCUGCGCUGCCACGUACCGACGUUUCCCUACGAGAAGCGGCUGUCGAAGAUAGACACCCUGAGGCUGGCCAUAGCCUACAUCGCCCUGCUGAGAGAGAUCCUCAUGUCAGGCUGCGACCCCAAGUCCUAUGUGGACGAGUGCAUGAAGAAUGGGUACAAGAAUCAAACCAACGCCAUCUGGAACACAAGCGAUCUGACAGCCCGCCUCUCUUGGAUAAAGUGGGAUUAACUGAGGGACAUGGGGCACCCCCAAGUGUGGAGAUGGCAGCGGGGAGGAGGUCCAGGUUUGUUCCUGCCUCUUCUCUCUCCCUCUCUCUCUACAUGUCAAAGACAGGCCCUGCGCGACAGAGCCGACCGAUCGACAUCUGCAGACUUCUCAUCAGGUCAUACACCUCAGGCUUUCUCAACCUCAAACACUCCUUCGUCCUCCGUGGCUUUUAAUAUUCUAAUUUAUUGUUGACUGGUAAUUUAGAGCCAUUGUUUCUGGGGCUGGGGAGGGAAAGUGGGUUGGCAUUGUUUGCCCAAAUGGAUGGCACUUGUCACACACAGAGGGAAAGAGAGAGGGGCACACUGGCAUGAGACUGAAUGGACUUCCUAAGGGCUCAUACUUCUGCAUGUAGCGCUCAAGUGUUUUCUGGACUCUCGCUCAUUAGUCUGCGAGUCGAUGUGUUAAAAGAGAGCCUUGAUCAUGUAAAUGAGACAAUGGGCGUGAGAAACAGAUCAGUGCAAUGUGUUUUAGCAUGUCAGGUGCUGUUUCCAAACAUGGCAAUAAGGGUAGUAGUGUACUGUUUGUUUCAACCUCUGUCAUCUCUUGUGUUAUUUAUUUAUUUAUUAUUUAUUUUUAAUUAUUUAUUAUUUAUGACAAAACACAAACUGUGAUUAUUUAUUGUUCUGUUACUCAAAUGAGACUGCUGUGUUUAUCCUGAUUUACUGUACAUUUCAAGUGACUCCAUGCACUGUGAAAGUGUCAUAGCUUCAUGUAUUUGUUACCAAUGACCUACCCAGGAUCAUAAAAAGCAACCUGUCCCUACCUUCUCCUGUUUAGUUUUAUUUGUGGUAUAAUAUAUUUUUGUACUGAGGUCUUUAAUCUGUUACAGGGCUCAGUCAAGCACCAAAUAUCAUCACCCUCCGUCCCUGAAUUCUUUUCCUGUUAGCUUUACAGAUGACUCAAGAUUACUCUUAGAUUUGGAUGGAUACCGUAAUUCUAUUCAUACCAGAGGGCUAAGUUUGACCAAUUUCUUAUUACACACACCACAUAAAUUUAGUCAACACUUCUGGACAGUGAGCCCGGGUGGAAAGCUGUGCUCGCCACAUGACCUGGAUCAGUGAAGAGGGUUACAGGUGUUAUCCCUGACAGUGAACUUUAUUUGGUGCCAAGCAGCA